UUCCUUAAUCCCUCCUUAUUAUCCAACAUAUUCGCUUAUCCAACAUUCUGCCGGCCCGUUUAUGUUGGAUAAGUGAGACUCUACUGUCAGAACCCUGCUACUAGAGCCUGGAUGUGGCUCUGAGUUUCAGGGUCACUGACAUUGAUAAGACACCUGCGUCCCAGGGCUCGGAGGAGAAACGGCUGAUGGACUUGGCGGGGAAUUUGCGCGGGGUUUUACUGAGCGGGAAGAGACUGUUCAAAUGAGGGGGAGGGUAUAUAAAGGAGGGUUGGCCGGAGCCUCCCAUUCUUGGCUUUUCUGAUGUUCAUGUUUCCUACAGUAAAAGUUCCUGGUGAUACCACAAAGAGUCUCGUGUGUUCAUUCAGGAGCGGCUGUGGUGAGCUGACACUAAGCCAAGAAUACGGACACCAUCCCGCUGUAGCGGUGAGGUGUAACAUGCAAGUGGAGGAUGAAGAGCUCUUGGGCGCCGGAGGAGGAAGGUCGGAAAGGGCCACUCCCGAGACGGACGCUGAGUUCCACCAGCUGGCGGCCCUGGCGUCAUCCACCGCUUAUGCCCAGCCAAAUGGGGUAACCCAGAGGCGCGGAGUGGUGCGGGGAGAUAGCACCGGAGGAGAGGAAGGUUCACCUUCCCCAGGCCCGCAAAAGAUGGUGUUUCUGGAGGAGAGGAUGUCGGCGAUGGAGACCACCCUGGCAGUGAUGUCGAGGGCGAUGGAGCGCCUGGCGGUUUUGGCGGAGCCGGAGCGAGGAAGGGAACUCCGGGCUAGCUCAAUGUGGGACGUGAGCAUGGGAAGCAGCCAGGGCUUUGCAGACCUCCCAGCACCGAAGGGAAGGGAAAUGCGAAAGGAGCCCGGUGCCCGGCCCAAGAUCCGAACGAGCCUGACGCGGGUGGAGGAGAGUGACGACGAAGGGGAAAAGCCUCCGAGAAUCUCGGCUACGCUCCCAACUGAGACCCUGGUGCCCCUGGCGAAUGCCGGGCGUGGCACAGGACAAAGGGAAGCAGCAGCGGGGCCCACUGGCCCGCAAGGGGGCUUGCGACGGGCGGAGGAUUGGGGAUUGCCACCACAGGGACCCCUACCGAGACGAGAGGAACUAAGGAUCGAGUUUGGGGGAGAGUCCUCUGAACUGGAUUUUUUCCUGACCACGGUGAGGGGCUAUAUGGAGGACAAUGCCCACACUUUUAGAACGGAAUCCAGCCGGGUACGGGCCAUUGGCGCAGUGUUGAAGAGGGGAGCGGCCAGCUGGUACGUUCAACUACACGCGCGGCGCGACCCAUGUCUGGGGUCACUCCGACGCUUUAUGGGGGCCCUGGAGACCCGUUUCCGAGAUCCACUGGAGCAGAUCCGGGCGAGGGAGGAGUUGAAGACCGUCUCCCAGGGGCAGAGGUCGGUGUCUGAGUAUGCGGAGGAGUUCCAAUGCCUCGCUGAAAAGGUGCCGGAAUGGUCUGCAGUGACAAAGAUAGAACUCUUCAAAGAGGGGCUCAGGCGGGAGAUCCUCUCCUGGGCGGUGCAUCGUGAUGAGCCUGACACACUGCGCGGAUGGAUUCAGCUGGCGGGGCGCAUCGAGACAUCGCUGGCCCAGGCGAGGAGGCACCGAGGAGGGCUACAGCAGCGGCCGCAGAUGAAAGAGGGGAGCCGGAAGGAGGGAUCAACCCCAGCCGGGAGGAGAACGGAGCCGACAGGGAACGUGAGCACCAGCAGGAGGGGCUGCUUCGUGUGCGGCCGUUUGGGCCACAGGGCUGCCGAGUGCUGGCAGAGAAAAGGGGAAGGCGGAGGCCCGCCCAAACCAAGAGCCGUGGCAGGGAAACGCGCCGAGGAAGAACCACCGAUGAGGCACCACUCGGGGGGGUUGGACGAAGGGGAGGAGGACGCCAUGUCAGAACCCUGCUACUAGAGCCUGGAUGUGGCUCUGAGUUUCAGGGUCACUGACAUUGAUAAGACACCUGCGUCCCAGGACUCGGAGGAGAAACGGCUGAUGGACUUGGCGGGGAAUUUGCGCGGGGUUUUACUGAGCGGGAAGAGACUGUUCAAAUGAGGGGGAGGGUAUAUAAAGGAGGGUUGGCCGGAGCCUCCCAUUCUUGGCUUUUCUGAUGUUCAUGUUUCCUACAGUAAAAGUUCCUGGUGAUACCACAAA